AUGACAGUAAUCGGAAUAAUUUUAAUUAUAUCGCAUUCUAUUGCUAUUUGUUACACACAGUAUUGUCAAGGACAAUUGGGAAUAAAUUUAAAGCAUCUUUGGUUUAAGGCGUAUUACAAACGAAUGCACUGUACCGGACAAACAACAAGUUCCUCUUCUUGCAGUAUGAGUCGAAUACUUACUGGCAAAGAAUCAACUGUUGUCAGUGUGAACUGUCCACCGCACAAGUUUUUUUUUUUUUUUCGUAUAUUUAAUAUUAAUAUUACUCGAAAUAAGAAUUAG